UGAACAAUAUUGCAGUGAGUAUCAGUAUUGAUUGCUGCUUAGGGCCCACCUGAAUAUGGGUUUAUAAUACUUGUUUGUAUGUUAAUGCUUCGAAAUAUGCAGAACAGGUUUCCAUAUGCUCCACACAGUAUCAUAGUGUUUUAAACAACAUUGUGUCUUCAUGAGCAGUUUAACACAAACCAUUCUGCUUUUGAUCUAUUUUCUAGUAUUGGGUAGACUAUUGUUAGAUUCAAGGUCUACUCCUAUUGUGCAAUGAAUUUCUGCUGCAAGGCUGCCAGUAUUCAAGGAAAUUCACAUCUUCUGCUCCAUCUCGUAAAAGAUCACGUGGGUCAAUAUAUUGGGAGAAGUGCAUACUCUCAUCUCUGCUUGCAAGAAAGUGACAUUCUGUACCCUUCUAAAGGACAAUACAUCAAGGCUGACUGUGCAGCUAAAUUGAAUAGCAGUCGUACCAUGGGAUGUAUAAAAUCCAAAAGCCCCUUCCCGCACACUAUUCUAGACGAUGGAAGCAGGGAAGUCGGCAAAUUCGAUAGUGGAUGUAACCUUGAAAAAUCUUCCCUUAUUCAGGCAAACUCUGGGAUGCCAUCUUCAACAAACACUGCAGUGCUGGACUUUGCUCACCGUCUUUCCCUUGAGAUUCUGGAUCAAGCUGUGAAGCAAUGGGCAAUAAAUGAAAGCAAAUACAGUGACAUCCCGUUCAUAGAAAGCGAUGAGCCAUGAACUGCAGGGCUUGGCUUCCCAACAUGCCUGUGAGGCAUCUCCUGUUUUGGUGCUAGCACAAAUAAAGCAACAUUCAUAUGA